AUGUCGACAUUAUCUCCCCAGCUGGUUGGCAGUGAUUCCCCGACCAACAUGGCUUUCCCUCACUCCAAUUUUUCCGAUCCUUAUCUAUCCGCACCGAUAGACCCUGAGCAGGCUGCCUUCAAGUCGUCGGGUAUCAGAUUGACCCCGGAGCCGACCCAACAGGACCUGCGCGAGCUGUCAACGUCUCCUCUCAACCACGGCGGGAACAACGAUUCCGCACGGGGCGCGGAUACCGCCUCCUUCCAUACGACAGGUUACACCACUUCCUAUUCGGAUUUCCUGAGCCCGGUGGACGAUCUGUCGAGCGAUCUGAGUGCUCAUGCAUCGCCCAAAGGCGAAAUCACCACCACCACAGGAGGUGUGAGCAUGGAGCUGCAUCCCGAGUUCAGUGGAUGGCGGCAAGAUAUCGUCGCAUCACAUCUGUUGCACGCUCCCCUUGACGAGCAGUCCGUGGCAAUGGAUGUCCCAAAUCUUGCACAGCCUCAUCUCCUGACUCCGGAUCGAUCGAACAAUCCGAGCCCGGAUUCGGUUCAAGACAAUGGUGGAGAGCAGAGCGGCCCAAACGCGACGCGACAUCCUGCACAGAUGCUUACUGUGGUGACGACUUCUCUGAAAGACACCCUGGGUGUAUCUCCCGUGUCCGGAAUGACGAGGAUUAGGAGUCCAAUUGUCAUGGUGGAGAGCUACUCACGCGGCGAUUCUCCCGUGAGAGAAACAUUCGCAACAGCGCGACGGCCAAGCCAGUCCUCUACACAUCUUUCGCCGGGCGGCGGCUCGGAAGAUGGAGACGUCGAGGGCACGUGGCACACAUCUACCUAUUCGGUUCCACGGGCAGAUGAUGGUUCUUGGCUUCGCAACGGAACUACAGGUCACGCCGGUGUUGACCCUGCUGCCCGAGAUGAUACGUACAUCCUCAGUCCAAAUGAGGUGGAGUCACAGCGACGGCUGGAAGAGAAGAAGGCAGAUAUUCGUGCCUGGUCUGCUUCGGUCAGUGUGGCUAAUAGCGAAGCUGGUGAUGAUGCCCCUCACCCUCGAGGUCGCAAGAUCCCGGUAGGUAACCGUCGCCGGGCGAGGAGCGCCGGAGACCCUGCCCCGCAGCAGGAUUUCUUCAACUUGCAGUUCGCAACCCAGCAGCCUGAGCUCCCGGGACCUGGCGCAUUGCUUCACGUAAGCAGCGACGACGGGCUCAGCGAUAACGAAUCCGACACCGAUGCCAGCCGAUCGGAGUCACCCGCAGCGAGUGUAAACGAAGCCAAAUGGGCUGAUGGGGAUCUCGCAAGUUUACCGUCAAAUGGCCAGCACAAGCUUGAGGAUAAAGAGCCUGCAGCUCAUCAAUUCCUCGCUACUCGCCCAUGGCAGGAUCCAGUGCAUGAUCCCACUCCAAGCUCCGCUCAAACGCAGCCUCCGAGCUCGAAUGCGGCCAUCGCAGAAUAUCAACGACGCGCUCGAGAACUGGAUGAGUUGUCGCGGUAUGCCACCUGGGGCACAAGACCUAUCAGUGAGGUGGAUGUGAACAGUAUCAUCGGGGCAGGCGGAUCUUUUGCCAAGAUGUCUAUCAGCAAAGACUCGAGCCAACGGCACACAAGGCGAAGUAGCCUCAGAAAGUUUUUCGAGCGAAAACCAUCGAUCAGUGGUCUCAAGAGGCCGUUGUCAGAACUGACCAUCAGUCAACCAAACAAUCAAAGCCCCACACACGAGGAAGGCAUUAAGAACCCACCCCAGAGAAAGGACAGCUUUCCCCCCCGAAAACUCAGCCUGGGAAGAAGCCCCAAGUCCCCCAGUCUCAGCACAGGCGGGGCUGUCAUUGCAAUUGCCGGCCAGAUGGCUGCCAUUGGAGGUCGUGAUCCAUUGAAUGCAGUAUCACCGCGCUCGACAUCCAGUCCGUGGACCAGACUCAAUCGAGGGCGAAGCCGUAGCGAAAUCACACGGGCCCCUGCGCCCGGUCUGAUAGACUUGAUGACGAGUCACGGGGGUCCGCCUGUUCCAAAUAUUGCAUACUCCCGAGCCAUUACCUCUAACAACCGUGGGAUCCAGCCGGUGGCAUCCCGACCGCAGAACGACACAAGGGAUGAUGAAGAUGACGAUGAUGACAUGGCCGAUGAAAAAGGAUUGAUGAUGGACUUUCCGGUCCUCACCCGUCUGCCCGUGCCUACAAUGGAAGGGUUCAAGACUCAAAUCUCGCAAUUGAAUCCUCGUCUGCAGCCGGCAUUGAUCGAUCGUCUCGCCAAUGAGCAGGUUCGACGCUAUAAGAAGUUGGUCGAGAGCAAGGCCAACCAUGCUCGUGCCGUGGGCAAAAACAAAUGCUCCGCUGGUAAAUUUUGCUUCUCACAAGGCGGCGAGGCUGCCAUGUUGCCUCCGCGUACUGUUGCCAAUGACCCCGAUGGCGCGUACACCCAAUUCCAGAUUACGGGUCACGACGGAGAAGAUGAAGAACCCCCUGCGCUGGGGGAAAAUGCCGUGACCGCGGCUCAAUUCCCCCAAGGGGUCCCAUUACCGCCAGUCAAGCGGCUUCCAGCCGAAUUCGAGUGCUCAAUCUGUUUCAAAGUCAAGAAAUUCCAGAAGCCAUCCGAUUGGACCAAGCACGUCCAUGAAGAUGUGCAGCCGUUCACUUGCACGUUUCCCCACUGCAACGAACCCAAGUCCUUCAAGAGAAAGGCAGAUUGGGUCAGACAUGAGAACGAACGGCAUAGGAAGCUGGAAUGGUGGACCUGCAAUGUUCCUGAUUGCCACCAUACGUGUUACCGUAAGGAUAAUUUUGUGCAGCAUCUUGUCCGAGAGCAUAAGAUGCCUGAGCCCAAGACCAAGAAGGCCAAAUCCAAAUCUGGAGGGGCCAGGAGUCAACAAAAUGCGCUCGUAUCUGGCACAGGGGAGGAAAGUUUGUGGGAUCUCGUGGACAAGUGCCAUCACGACACUACCAAAGGGCCCAUGGAGGAACCCUGCCGGUUCUGUGGCAACGUCUGCAGCAGCUGGAAGAAACUGACAGUCCACUUGGCCAAGCACAUGGAGCAGAUUGCCAUGCCUAUCCUAGCGCUUGUACAGGAGAGAGAGCUUUCUUCCAGCACCGAUGCCGGGCUCGCUCCCAAAGCCGUCUCAUACCCUGGUGGCUCAGUCGCCAAAGGAGUCGCUGCUUUUGCACCUGCGCUGGAAGGGGUCAGGACUGAAUCGGACAUGUCAAUAGGCUUCACGCAGGCACCAUACACCAGCAGCGAGGUCGAAAGGCCCGAAAGCUUUGGAGCGCCGUUGCACCCAACAUACCCACCCGCAUCCACAUCCACCACCUUACAGGGAGAGUACCUGUCGGCGGAACCCGAGUCGAUGAUUGACAGCACUAUGAGCUCCCCAUAUGGAUCCCGGGGCGAUAUCCCGGGGCAGUUAGGGGUGAACCCACCGCAAUUCAUGCCUGUGCAUCAGAACUCAGUAACCUACCCGCCCCCUUUCAACGCUGGACCCCGAUCUAGGCUGUCCGCCCAGGAUCUAAGCGUGUUACAGAAUCCGUAUCACUUUUCCGCAUCACCCACGGAGAUGCACGCGACAUAUGAUCCUCAGGGCAUCGUUCACAUGUCACCCUCCUCUGUGGAGCCUGACCAUACCUAUCAGGGGCGUAUUGGCCAAGCCACAUCGUAUUCGUACGAUCCUUCCGUGCGCUACUCCCACCAGUUCUAA